CUGUGGUAUGAGUUUGGAAAUAAUGUUGUUGCAAUAAUUAAUUAUUUCACAAGCCUUUAAAAGACUUAUUUGUCUUGGAUUUUGCCACACCGCUAGUGGGUUUCUUCGAAAGUACCAAUUUUUUUGAGCGCCUAAUUUAGGAAAAUCCUAGAAAUGUCCAAAAAUGUAUUGGUCAUCGGCAGCGGUGGUCGCGAACACGCGAUCGCUUGGAAACUCUCGGAGAGCGAAAAAGUAAAGCAGAUAUUUGCAGCCCCCGGUAGUUACGCAAUUCAACAGGUGUCAAAGGCUGAAAACGUCGGGAUAGACGUGAAAAAUUUUAAGGAAAUUGUACAAUUCUGCAAGGACAACGAGGUAUCUUUAGUGGCAGUAGGGCCAGAGGAUCCUUUAGCGAAUGGCAUUGCAGAUGUUUUGGUAGCUGAAGGUAUAAACACCUUCGGGCCACAGAAAAAUGCAGCUCGAAUCGAAUCUGAUAAAGAUUGGGCCAAAGCUUUCAUGGACAGAUAUAAUGUACCAACAGCGAAAUGGAAAUCUUUUAAUAACGCAGAAGAUGCCAAGGAUUUUAUUAACGGCGCACCUUUUCCCGCUUUAGUCGUUAAAGCCAGUGGUUUGGCAGCUGGGAAAGGGGUAGUAGUAGCUUCUAGUGAGAAAGAGGCAUGUGAUGCCGUCGAUGAAAUAUUAACCGAUAAAAAGUUCGGUGUUGCAGGUGAAACUGUGGUAAUUGAGGAGCUCUUGGAAGGUGAAGAAGUGUCAGUACUGGCGUUUAGUGAUGGCAUUCACAUCAAAGCCAUGUUACCCGCUCAGGAUCAUAAAAGGAUUUUCGAUAACGAUCAAGGACCUAACACGGGUGGUAUGGGGGCUUAUUGUCCCUGCCCCCUGCUGAGUCUUGAUCAGCUCGAUUAUGUACAAAAGGAAAUAUUAGAAAAAACUCUGUUUGGUUUCAGAAAGGAGAAUAUUAAGUUUGUAGGAGUUUUAUAUGCCGGUUUGAUGCUCACGAAAGACGGCCCAAAAGUGUUGGAAUUCAACUGCCGAUUCGGCGAUCCAGAAACGGAAGUCAUUUUACCGUUGCUCGACUCAGAUCUGUACGAUAUCAUGGUAUCGUGUUGCAACGGCACUCUAAACACAGUCGAGUUGAAGUGGAAGGAGGGACUUACAGCCGUUGGUGUCGUAAUGGCCUCUAGGGGAUAUCCGGAGACGUCGAGCAAAGGACAGGUCAUCACUGGUAUCGAUACCGUGAGUUCCAAAUCGAACCAUGUCGUUUUCCAUUGCGGAACGGCGUUGAAGGAUGGCGAUUUAGUCACAAACGGGGGCAGAGUGCUGAUAGCGGUGUCUUUAGCUCCACGAUUGGUUCUGGCUGCGGCAAAGGCGACCCAGGCUUGCGAUAUUAUUAAGUUUGGAGGGGAGCAGCAUCGGAAGGAUAUAGCGCACAAGGGAAUUGCAAGAGCUAUAUUACAGUCGGGUAAGUUAACCUACAAACAAAGUGGAGUGGACAUCACCGCAGGGAACGACUUAGUGUCCCAUAUUAAGCCCGCCGCAAAAUCUACCGACAGGAAAGGAGUUAUGGGCAGCUUGGGCGGAUUCGGAGGGUUAUUCGACGUCAAAGCGGCGGGAUACGUCGAUCCUUUACUCGUGUCCGGUACAGACGGAGUCGGAACGAAAUUAAAGAUUGCCCAGGAAAUGGGACUUCACGAUACCAUCGGGAUAGAUUUAGUGGCGAUGUGCGUGAACGACGUCUUAGCUCACGGGGCGGAACCGUUGUUUUUCCUGGAUUACUUCGCAUGCGGAUCGUUAGACGUAAAAGUGGCAAGGCAAGUAGUAUCCGGAAUCGCGGAAGGUUGCAGGCAAGCAGGGUGUUCAUUAAUAGGAGGCGAGACGGCUGAAAUGCCAGACAUGUAUCCGGCGGAAGAGUACGAUUUGGCUGGAUUCACAGUGGGUGCGGUGGAACGUAGUCAGCUGAUGCCACACAUUGAAAGAAUCGAAGUGGGAGAUGUGGUUAUCGCGUUACCAUCGACGGGCGUGCACAGCAAUGGGUUCAGUUUGGUGAGAAAAGUGAUGACGUUGGCGGGUGUCGAUUACAGAGACGUGGCUCCUUUUAGUAAAGAAAACAAAACGUUGGGCGAGGAACUGUUGACCCCUACCAAAAUCUAUGUGAAAGCGGUGAUACCGGCGGUUAAAACGGGCAGAGUCAAGGCCUUCGCUCAUAUAACCGGUGGAGGUUUAAUCGAGAACAUCCCCCGGAUCCUACCGAAACAUCUAGCAGUGGAACUGGACGCGAAAACCUGGAAAAUCCCACACGUAUUCCCUUGGUUGGCCGCGGUCGGUGGCGUAAACGAGACCGAAAUGCUCAGAACCUUUAAUUGUGGUAUCGGAGGCGUGUUAAUAGUGAAAAACGAAGACGUGAAGGAGAUAUUGGGACUGGUCCAGCCUUACGGCGCGACGGUCGUUGGGAACGUUACCAAAAAUCAAGAGCAAGUCAUCGUUCGUAAUUUCUCGGAAGUCAUGGAACUGUCAAUGAGGCCGUUUAUUCCCGACGUGGUGAAACGCUAUGUUACCCCCAAGAAAAGAGUCGGCGUCUUGAUUUCCGGGAGCGGUACGAACUUACAGGCACUUAUCGAUGCUACACAGGAUCCUUCGAGGCAUGUGGGCGCAGAAAUAGUUUUGGUAAUCUCAAAUAAAGCCAACGUGGAGGGUUUGAAGAGGGCAGAGAGGGCGAAUAUUCCUACCAAAGUACUAAUUCACAAAGACUACACAAACAGGACGGAAUUCGACCGAGCGUUAUACGCGGAACUAACGAAAGCCGAGGUAGAAAUUGUGUGUUUGGCGGGUUUCAUGAGGAUCCUCACAGGGGAAUUCGUGUCCAAGUGGAAGGGAAGACUACUGAAUAUACAUCCGUCGCUUUUACCGCUCUUUAAAGGCGUGGAAGCUCAGAAACAAGCGUUGGAAUCGGGGGUGCGAGUGAGCGGGUGUACCGUACAUUUUGUCGAGGAGGACGUUGACGACGGAGCGAUUAUCGUUCAAGAAUCGGUACCGAUCGAAACGAACGAUACUGUCGAGUCCUUGACGAAGAGGAUUUUAACCGCGGAACACCGAGCGUUUCCUAAAGCGUUACAGUUAGUGGCAAGAGGGAAAAUAGUGCUUGGGCCUGAUAAUAAAAUCAAAUGGUCGUAAAAUUUUAAUUUAUUUUUAAAAAACAUAUACGUAAAAAAAAAUCUCAACCAAAUAUUUUAUUCUCGUAUUUACCAGUAAUUUUAUAUAAAAUUUAUUAUUGUCGCAUUCCUGCAUUUAAUUAACUUGUGUUGUUUUGUAAAUAAAGUUCUUGAAUAAAAUUAAUAUUUU